GUCCACAUGGACGAGAAGCAUUCGUCCGAACACCAGGCUCAUCCAUAUCAGACGAACUCAAUGAACUAAAACGAGACGUUUGGAAGGGCCCCCUUUGGAGGUUGUGCGCCCGAAACACUCCAUGCUCCAGCUUAGCCCCCGGAAAAUCACCCCGUGCAAGAUGGAGAAGGACACCUGGAACUUUGAAGUUUAACGACUUCAACUCCACCUCACGGGGCUUUCGCUUUUAAUCUCGCCUCUUACCACAAUCUCGCAUCGAAGCCGGCUUCUUCUCGUGUCCUUCACUCUACGUGUCUACCACUGUGCAAAGAUUGAGAAUCUAGUACCCAGCCGCGAGCUAGGAUACCGCCACGAUGCUGGACAUCUACCAAAUCAACCUCGCCGGUCUCCUCCUUGCUUGCGGUGUUCUCUUCGCUUCGGGCAGCCAAGACAAGUCUAAUGCCUCCAAGAAAGAUGAGAGAAAGACUUCAGAGCAAAAGUCAAAGCCGACAGGCUCCCAAUGGGCCUUCUAUGUCGUCUAUGCCCUCGUGAUGGGUUCAGACUGGCUACAGGGACCGUUCCUGUACUCUCUCUACAAGAACGAGCAUCAAAUCUCUGCAGAUUUCGUGCCGACGCUCUUCACGACUGGCUUCGUCUCCGGCGCCGUGGCCGGCUACUUCAUCGGCUCACUAGCCGACCGCCACGGCCGCAAGGCCAGCUGCCUCUUCUUCUGCGGCGCAUACGCGCUCUCCUGCAUUCUCACCACGAUACCUAGUGUGCCUUUACUAUUCAUCGGCCGCGUCCUCGGCGGCCUGGGAACGAGUCUCUUGUUCAGCGUCUUCGAGAGCUGGAUGGUGACCGAUUUCCAUGCCCGCCGUUUGAGCGAGAAGGGCAUGGAUCUCUCGCGGACGUUCGGUCUGAUGAGUACCGUCAACAGCAUCGUCGCGAUUGUAAGCGGUGUGGUGAGCGAGUGGCUCGUCUCCGUGACUGGGACGCGCAAGUCGCCUUUCUUGGCCAGUGUCGGGCUGCUGGUCGUUGCUGCUGGUGUUAUUGCCAGCCAAUGGGAUGAGAACUACGGCUCGACAGGCCAAGCUUCUUCAUCGGAAAUUUCCAACGCCAACAAGCCUAGUCUCUGGGCCACAAUGACGGACAAGCGCGUUCUCACGAUCGGCCUCGCCUCGACCAUGUUCGAAGGGUCAAUGUACCUCUUUGUAGUACUCUGGUCCCCGGUCCUUGUCUCCGCCUCCUCUUCGCCCGAGACACUGCCAUACGGCAUCAUCUUUGCCUCCUUUAUGGCCUCGACACUCCUCGCCUCUCUCCUGCACCCCCGCCUUCUCGCUCUCGUUUCCACGCCAUCCCGGCUCCUGCUAUCGGUCCUAUUCGCCGCCAACGCCGUAUUCUUCGCUCUCGGAACCGGUGCUCCUCGCGCGGAGCAAGUCACCUUUUGGCUGUUCUGCUUGUUCGAAGCUUGCGUCGGGUUGUAUUUCCCCUCGAUGGGGUAUCUCAAGGGGAAAGUCGUCGAUGAUGGUGUCAGAGCACAGGUGUACGGCGUCCUAAGGAUCCCGCUCAAUGUCUUUGUGGUUGUGAGCUUGAUGUUCAGCAGCGAUGGGCAGGCGGGCAAGGUGUUUCUCGUCUGUGGCAUGCUGCUCCAGGCGAGUUGCGGCGCGUUGUGGCUCAUGGGUGGACAGGAUGUGUAGGUAGAUGGUCAUCCGUUGCAUUGCCGCCUUCAUACGAUGAUCUCCUCUUCUUCAAUAAAAAGC